AUGAGCGUGCCUCGACUUGAACUCUCCGCGGCUCAAUUGCUCGCCAGACUCAUGCAAUUUGUUCGAACGUCCCUUGACUUCAAAACAGUGCCAAUCCAUUGCUGGACUGAUUCAACCAUCACUCUGGCCUGGUUGAAUCGGCCAUCGUCGCACUGGAAGACCUUCGUCGCUAAUCGCGUCGCGGAGAUUCAUACCUUGCUUCCGGACGCCGCGUGGCGACACGUCACGAGUCAGGACAAUCCCGCAGACUCGGCCUCACGCAGCAUAUCUCCCGCUGACCUUGACUCGAAUAUACUCUGGUGGUCGGGCCCCGCCUGGCUUACCGGGACCUCCGUACAAUGGCCAAGCGUUGGGUCGCAGCUCGAUCCAGAAUCUCUUCUCGAGGAACGAGCGUCAUCAUCCGUUCACACCACCGCAAUUAUCGAGCCAUGGGAUCUAUCGCAGCGUUACUCAUCUUGGAAAAGGCUUCUUAGAAUUACCGCUUAUGUUUAUCGAUUUGUCGAGAACAUUCGCUCUCGACUACAAGUGAGGAUGGCGUCAGUACAAGGAGUAACCCGCUCACAACUCAUUAGCCCAACCGAAAUCGAAAACGCAGAGCACUUCUGGUUACGCUCGAUCCAGGCUGAGAUGUUUCCCUCUGAAAAGGAACAUCUCUCAAACAAUGUUCCCGUGCCAAAAUCGAGCCCACUUUUACCAUUAAAUCCGUUUCUCGAUAGCCAAAAGGUUAUUCGCGUCGGAGGUCGAUUACGCAAUGCAAACAUUCCCGAUAGCUCACGCCAUCCCAUCAUUUUAAAGGACCACCCGCUAGUCAGAAUGAUUAUAAGGGACAUUCACGCGCGAGCGAUUCAUGGUGGUCCUCAGCUGACCUUAGCGUUGUUGCGUGAAAAAUUUUGGAUUUUACGAGCUCGCUCAUUGGUUCGCGCCGUCUUGUAUCAGUGCGUCACGUGCACACGAGAAAGAGCCCAAGUUCCGACCGAACUUAUGGGCGACCUUCCGAGCGUUCGAGUCACUCGAGCCACCCGAGCGUUCCAACACACCGGUGUCGAUUACGCGGGCCCCGUUCUCGUUCGAACCACUCGCGGACGGGGUCACAAGGCUCACAAAGCUUAUAUCGCUGUCUUGAUUUGCAUGACUACGAAGGCGAUUCACCUCGAACUAGUUAGCGACUAUUCGACCAGCGCCUUUCUCGCUGCCUUUCAGCGGUUCGUUUCCCGUCGCGGAUUUCCCGCCUCAAUGUAUUCCGAUAAUGGAACUACGUUCCAAGGCGCGGAUCGCGAGCUCCGAACCGCUGCGAAGAGUGCGAGCGCCGAGCCAAACUUCUUAAGUCGAAUUGCAUCCGAAGGAACAACGUGGCACUUCAUACCGCCUUCCGCUCCGCACUUCGGAGGACUGUGGGAGGCCGCGGUACGCAGUGUUAAAUACCACUUGAAGCGAUGCAUCGGGUCAUAUACAUUAACCUUUGAGGAGCUCAGCACCGUGCUCUGUCGCAUUGAGGCUUGCCUCAAUUCUUGCCCGAUCACAUCCAUGUCGCAAAAUCUAGAUGAUUAUAGUAUACUUACUCCCGGGCAUUUUCUGACGGGAGGACCGAUUCUGGCUGCCCCGGAACCGAGUGUUCUCGAGGUCGCCGAAUCUCGUUUGUCACGUUGGCAGCUACUGCAACGCAUUACUGAAAAUUUUUGGAAGGCUUGGUCCAAUGAUUAUAUCCUGACCUUGCAGCAGAGACCAAAGUGGCGCACCGUUCAACGGCUCGCUCAAGUCGGGCGAAUUGUACUCCUCCGAAAUCCUUUCGCCCCCCCUUGUCAGUGGGAGCUCGGCCGCAUCACGGAAUGUCACCGUGGUGACGAUGGAUUGACGCGAGUCGUCACCAUCCGCACUGCACGCUCUCAAUACACGCGACCUAUUGUUAAACUAUGUUUCUUGCCAAUCGACAUCAACAACGAGGCCGAGAUCCUAUCGGCCAUGGCGGGCGGCGCUAAUAACGAAACAUCGGAAAACUCAUCGACCUCAUUGUAA